GGCGGAUGUGUCGGCGUUUCCUCGAGCCAGCGCUGCGCCGCGCCGGAGGACUCGUGUGAAGACGCUCCGUCACUUUGUUUUGUGUCCCUCAAAGAAAGUUGGGAGAGUGCGCGCGCGCCGUGGAAUGUGUGUGAUCCGCCGCCGAGGAAGAAGCCAGCUCCACUAAUCAUCGGAUCAUUCACGUGCUUCAUCUGUCCUUCUGUCCCGUCAACGCCACGGCUGAAAAGUGAAUUGGAAGAUCGUUCAGAAGUGGAGGCUGAUCUUCCACAAAUAAUCCGCUGGCUUGUCCAUUCUCCACAUCCUGAGAGCCAUUGGAAGAAGGUGGAUUUCAAGUUUUCUUGGGAUUUCCAAGUGUUGUAAGAGCAACUUCUUUGGCCCAGUGGUCUGCUGCAGACCCCUGGGUGCCUCAACGCCAUGGCUGCCAACAGGGAACAGCAGGUGGGUCACAUGACCGGCUUCCCACCUGCUGUCUACCCUUUUGCCUUCAAUUCCAUGCGAAGCCACUCCCCCUUCGACCUGCUGGCCAGUAGCAGCUUGUUUGGGAGAUUUGGUGCCGACUUGCCCAAAGAGAUGGCUGCUCUCUCGGUGGAAACCCAGAGCACCAGCUCGGAGGAGAUGGUACCUAGUUCUCCGUCUCCACCGCCUCCACCUCGUGUCUACAAGCCGUGCUUUGUGUGUCAGGACAAGUCCUCGGGGUACCACUACGGGGUCAGCUCCUGUGAGGGCUGCAAGGGUUUCUUCCGUCGCAGUAUCCAGAAGAACAUGGUCUACACCUGCCACAGAGACAAGAACUGUCAGAUUAACAAGGUCACACGUAACCGGUGCCAGUACUGCAGGCUGCAGAAGUGCUUUGAGGUCGGCAUGUCCAAGGAAGCGGUCCGUAAUGAUCGAAACAAGAAGAAGAAAGAUGUGAAAGAGGAGGUGGUGCUUCCAGAGAGCUACGAGCUCAGCGGAGAGCUAGAAGAGUUGGUCAACAAAGUCAGCAAAGCUCACCAAGAAACCUUUCCCUCACUUUGCCAGCUGGGCAAAUACACCACUAACUCCAGCUCAGACCACCGUGUCCAGCUGGAUCUAGGUCUGUGGGACAAGUUCAGUGAGCUCUCCACCAAGUGCAUCAUCAAGAUUGUGGAGUUUGCCAAGCGGCUGCCGGGCUUCACCACCCUCACCAUCGCUGACCAGAUUACUCUCCUGAAGUCGGCCUGUCUGGACAUACUGAUGCUGAGGAUCUGCACACGCUACACCCCGGAACAGGACACUAUGACCUUCUCAGAUGGCCUGACUCUGAACCGGACUCAGAUGCACAACGCCGGUUUUGGUCCCCUCACAGAUCUGGUGUUUGCCUUUGCCGGCCAGCUUCUACCACUGGAGAUGGACGACACAGAAACCGGCCUCCUCAGUGCCAUCUGUCUCAUCUGUGGAGAUCGUAUGGAUCUAGAGGAGCCACAGAAAGUGGACAAACUGCAAGAACCUCUUCUUGAGGCCUUGAAGAUCUACGCUCGCCGCCGCCGCCCCAACAAACCUCACAUGUUUCCCCGCAUGCUAAUGAAGAUUACAGACCUCAGGGGCAUCAGCACCAAGGGCGCAGAACGAGCCAUCACUCUGAAGAUGGAGAUCCCAGGACCCAUGCCUCCUUUGAUCAGGGAGAUGCUGGAGAACCCAGAGGCAUUCGAUGACCAAACGGAGAGCAACGAGAGUCCACCGCCGCCGCUGCCACCACCUCCACCUCCACCACCAGCCCUGGUUCUGAAGCAGGAGGCCGAGGACGAGGAUGACAGCUGGGCCACAGAGAACGGCAGCGAGCCAUCACCGGAGGAGGAGGACGAGGACGAUGAUGAUGACGUCGGGGAUGAAGAGCGAGACCGGGCCUCGGACAGUGACGGAGAGGCUUGGGGGGUGCUGGAUGCCAUUGAAGGGUCGAGAAAAGGCCUUGUGGGGAGGGCACAGUGAACAGAGACACAUACGGUCCAAACAUAAAAGACAACCUCACUCACGCUUCCACCUCAAGAAAAUGCUGGCCUUCUUCUCCUACUCCUCCUCCUUCUCCUUACUGCACAUCACUGUGUCCUCCACAAUGGAGCACAGCAGAGCCUUAUGUGUACAGACUCGUCUCACUCAGGUCACUGAGGUCAGUGACAAGCGAACGACAGGAAAAGGUAGAGGAGAGACGGCAGCAUCACAUAUAAACUCCUCGCAUGGCCAACAGGGAAGUUAACAAGUGACAAAAAGAACAAUACCUCUUUGAGAAAGCUAAACCUCUCUCUUUUUUUUCUCGUUAUGUCUAAAUAGGGAAAUGGCCAAAUAAAACACCAGAACUGUGCAGUUGACUCCAACGGAUUACAAUAAGCACAUUUCUCAAAAGAAAAUGAUGCAGGGCAAAACCAAAUCAAGUAUAUGCUAACCGUUGUUUUUGUGGUUUUUGCUUUUGAAUACUUUUUUUUUUUUUUUUGAUUUAUGAAUAAGACCAUACAUAUCUAUGUACCAUUAUAUUUUUUUUGUCUUUGUUAUUCUGGUUUUAUAUAUGAAUCCUUUUAGACAAGUUUUUUUCUUAUUCUUCUUUGAAGAGCUUUCCUGAGAAGAUAUUCAGAGGGCUGGGUCUUCCUGAUCACCUACAUACCCUGAGCUUGGGGGUGGAGGGUGAAGGGGACACACUUUGGCUCACUGUGGACUUCGAUGAUAAUCAACCCAGAAGACGAUUGUUGUGUUACAGUGACUUUGUUUGUGUUAUCAGGGAAUUGGCAUUAUUUUGUUCUUGUUGUAACCAACAUAUGCUCUCAAUGUGGAAACUAAGUAUCUUUGUGCCAAAGUUAGGAAAAGUCAUCUUUGGGAUACGGUUUGACUACUGGCAGGGACUUUGACCAUGAACCGUUAUUGUCACAGCACUCACUCAUAUGCAAUCACAUACAGCAUAUGUUUAAUAUGUACUCCUAGAGAUUACAUAUUUCCAGAAGUGACUGGGUUGGUUGGUUUGGUGCCACUGUUUACAUCGGACUUUGUAACAUCGACAUUUGACUGGACUGUUGACAGGUCGUAUUAAACGUGGCCCAAAUUAUUUUUCUAGGUAUCACACUAACUCCGUUUUCAGACUCAAAACAAAUCUUUCUUUCUCAGCCACUCCUCCCCAACCCCCAGCAUCAAGCACAAAGAACCAUAUUUGGAACCUUUUAACAGGCCUAACGGCUCCCUAUGUGGGGAAGAAAAACACGUGGAUUCUAAUCUGGCCACUUUUUUUUUUUUUAAUCAGAAGCACUUUUAGCCACGAUAUGUAACUUUUGGAUGUAUUUCUGGAAAGUAGCUGCUGUCAGCCAUCUUGAUAAAAAUUCAACAGCUGUGCAGUGAGUAAUGAGAGGUGUUGGUGCUGGUUUCAUAGGGUAGGGCACAUGUACUAAAUGUGCACACCUGUAAAUUGCAUGUACUAAACACGCACAUGUGGCCAGACCAAUAAUGUAAACGGAACAGAAAGGCUCCAGGCACAGAGGGAGUGGUAUUUCAUUGUCUGCACAGGACACCAUAGAGAAUAGUUGUUGGAUGUUCUAUUGCUUAAGGUGUCAUUUAGGAGACCUUUAAAUAAUAUUCCAACUGUGGAUGAUGCUAAUUGUGGUUCACGCUAACUGUGGUUGAUAGUAACCUCAGCUGACGCUAACCUGAUGCCCAGCCUAGCUAUUAACCGUGAUGAUGCUAACCAUUAGCACCGACCACAGCUGGCAUCAGUUAUAUUUAACAUCAUCCACAGGUAGUGUCAGUCGCAGUUUGCAUUUGCCCAUACAGCGGCGAAAUGUUAUAAAUAGCGGUACACUCCAAACCCAGUAAUUUCCAGAAAACUUACAUUGGUUACUCCUUUCAUUCUACCCUCAGCUGGAACAGAUGUGCUGACCUGGCAUCGAUAUGUAGCACUUUUGUGAUCCUGUUUUCACAUCUCGCUCGCUGACAGCAGACGCCUUCGAGCUCAACCCAGCUAGCAUGACCCGUUCUGAUGACAGUUGAAUGCAAUCAAACAUGGAGCACUCCCUGAUAAUAUCAGUAGUCCAAAAAAAUUCAACGCAAAUGCAUCCACACAUACAUGUAGCACCUACACGAUCAAAGACAUAUAUGCAAGUGGAAAGCAGAAAUCCUUAUGGAAGACAUUUUGCAGACAGACUCAGGGCUUUUCAAUAAGGACCAAACUCUAGCUGCUGGCUAGACACAGGCAAUAUUUAUGUGUGUAUUCUUGCCUCGUUAUCUGCUCAAACCCUCUGUGUGCACAUAGAAUGCGACUAGUCUGGAAAAAUAAAAUAAAACAGCAUGGAUGCCACUGUGGGGAAGUAUCAUCAGCAGCAGCAUCACUGCUUCCCCACCUGAGCUUGAGCUGGUGUCUAUGCAGCAAACUGCCUUCUCUUCCCAAAAGCCAUUAUAUCAUCUUGUGUACAUACUCGCUCUUUAAAAGGGGCCGUGGAGGAUUACGCGUUCUCAUGUAUCACUUCUUUAUUGCCAAAAUGUCUCACGAGGUGAUCAGCCGGGGAGAGCACAGCUGAUAGGAUUCACUCGCUCUUCUUGAAGCAAUAUGAACAAUGAUUCUGUGGCAGUGAAAGGUUUCCUCAUUGUGUGUAUGUGAGAGUGUGUGUGAGAGCUAUUUUCAUUGGGUGAAUGUCUUUGUGCUGUCACACAUCACCUUGUGUGCGACGCCUCGUCCCUUCUCCCUCUGCUCAGCUGUUAUGAUGGAACGUUGAGAUUGUUUGUUUCUGCAUCUUGUGUUUUGUGUUCAACACGGCCAAGGCGUUGUCAACCAUCUGUUUAUGUCAUACAAAGAAAAGCCAUAUAAACAGUAAGAGGCACAAUAAACUACUUUUGUGAGAUUA